AUGUCGGCCUCUCCUGCCUCCGUUUGCCCAAAGUGCGAGCCGCUAGUCGCCUCAGCGCUCGCCGCAGAGCUUGCGCGCGAGGGCGCCGCGGCGCGAGUCGAGCUCGAGAAGCAGCGGGAGCGGGUCGCCGAGCUCGAGGCGGAACUGCGCUCGCUGCGUCUUGAGCUUGCCGUGCGGAGCUCGAGCGGGCCGCCCACGCUGCUCUCUGUGCCUUCGGCCUCGGGCUCCGACAUCUCCGCUCCUUAUUCGUACACGCGCAGCCCGGCAGCGACCGUGCUGCAGGCGCACCUCCGCGGGUGGCGGCAGCGCUCGCGGUAUGCGGCGGCGCGUCAAGUCUUUGCGGUCGUGACGGGCACGUCGAGCCUCGGCGCGGCUGGCGCGUGGCGCGACGUGCCGACCUACACCAUCACCGUCAUCCGCGCGGGCUGCUGCUGGCAGCGCGCGGCGCCAGCCUUUGCGGAGGCAGCCGCGGUGUACGACCGCUCGACGGGCACCACCGCGCAGUCGCACACCCAAGGCGUGGUCACGCCGUCGCCGGUCAGCAGCCCUGUCACGGUCAGCUCCACGACCACUAGCCUCGGCACAGGGCGCGCGAGUGGGCUGCCGUGGCAGAGGCAGCCAGGGAGAACGGAGUCGGAGAGCUCGCGAGCCGGUGUGUAG